CAGCUCUGACGUCAAUGCACGCCGAGUGGAGAGAACACGAUGCCGUCUGCAAGAAGUCAUCCCGUGCCCCGACGCUAGUAGAACUGCAGACCAUACUGUCAGCCUAUAGCGCCUUUGUACUGGAAGGAGCUAUGUGACUGACCGCGACACUCGAUAAUGCCGGCUGUACCUCUGUUGCACUGAAUGCGCCCUCCGCAAUGUUCAAGCUGGCUCGCGAAUUGAGCAUUUUGCAUUGUCUGUUUUUAAGAGGCAGAGUUUAGCGGACGGUCUCUUCCCCACUUCUGUUGCUUGCAAGACUACAGUCUUCAGUAGUGGGUCACCCUUUCCUUUCUGAAACCCUCCCCUCCACCCCCAAUACAGCAUGGUCAUGGCGGACUGUCACCAAAAACCGAUGCUUCGGGGUCCAGUUCGAGUGGGCUUUUACGAUAUCGAGCGCACUUUAGGAAAAGGAAAUUUCGCUGUUGUGAAGCUGGCGAGACAUCGCAUCACUAAGACAGAGGUGGCCAUCAAGAUCAUCGACAAGACGCAGUUGGAUGCGGUGAACCUGGAGAAGAUCUACAGGGAGGUGCAGAUCAUGAAGAUGCUGGACCACCCGCACAUCAUCAAGCUGUAUCAGGUUAUGGAGACCAAGAAUAUGCUGUACCUGGUGACGGAGUAUGCAAAGAACGGCGAGAUUUUCGACUACCUGGCCAGUCACGGGCGGCUGAGUGAGCCGGAGGCGCGGCGGAAGUUCUGGCAGAUCCUGUCAGCCGUGGAGUACUGCCACAACCGCAACAUCGUCCACCGCGACCUGAAGGCCGAGAACCUGCUGCUCGACGGGCACAUGAACAUCAAGAUCGCAGAUUUUGGGUUCGGUAACUUCUUCCAGCCUGGGGAGCGGCUGGCGACGUGGUGCGGCAGCCCCCCGUACGCCGCCCCAGAGGUCUUUGAGGGCCAGCAGUACGAGGGUCCCCACCUGGACAUUUGGAGUAUGGGGGUUGUACUGUAUGUGCUGGUAUGUGGGGCCCUGCCCUUCGACGGCCCCACACUUCCAGUACUUCGACAGCGGGUCCUGGAGGGACGAUUCCGCAUCCCCUACUUCAUGACUGAAGACUGUGAGCACCUGAUUCGUCGCAUGCUGGUUCUGGACCCCUCCAAGCGGCUGUCCGUGGCCCAGAUUAAGGAGCACCGCUGGAUGGCGCUAGAUGUCCCCGUCCAGAGGCCUGUGCUGUACAAGCAGAGCGCCCCUGAGGAAGGGGGCGAGGCCGGGGGCGUGGCCGUGGGUGAGCACAGCGAGCAGGUGCUCCGACUCAUGCACAGCCUGGGCAUCGACCAGCAGAAGACCAUUGAGUCUCUGCAGAACAAGAGCUAUAACCACUUUGCUGCCAUCUACUACCUGCUGGUGGAGAGACUGAAGGCUCACCGCUGCAGUUUCCCUGUGGAGCAGCGGCUCGAUGCCCGACAACGACGGCCCAGCACCAUCGCCGAGCAGACUGUCGUCAAGGUAACCUUGACCGCCCCCCAGGUGGGGCUGCUUCCACAGAAUGUCCGGCUCCUGCGCUCCCCCCUGCUCCCCCAGGCCUCUACAGAAACCUUCACCUUCCCACAAUCCCCCUCUGCUCCCGAGCACAGCCUCAUGGAGGAGGACGUUGCCACGCCUAAGGUGAACGGGUGCCUCCUGGAGCCCUUGCCCCCCGCCUGUGGCCGAAAGGUCAGCGCCUCGCUGCCGAGCAACAUGAUGGAGACCUCCAUAGACGAGGGCAUCGAGACCGAGGAGCUGGAGCCGGACGGGGAGGACGACCCCGCCCAGGUCUUCACCGCCUUCCAGACGGCCCGAUUCGGCCAGCGCCGGCACACCCUGUCGGAGGUCACCAACCGGGGCGGGGCUGUGCCCAGCUCAGGGAAGCUGUACAGUGUCGGCCAUAACCCGUCCCUGGGAAGCAUGGACUCGGAGUACGACAUGGGAUCGGUCCACAGCGACGCUAGCCUCCUGGAGGACGCCCCCUUGUUCAACGAAAUGGUCCUGGCCGACGCCUCUAUCACCCACAUGACCCCUCCCUUCACUGGCGUGAAGCCCACCAACCCCGCCAUGCAGGCACUGAGCUCCCACAGGAGGGAGGCCCACAAUCGCUCGCCAGUCGGCUUCCGCGAGGGCCGCCGCGCUUCCGACACCUCCCUCACGCAAGGGCUGGUGGCGUUCAGGCAGCACCUACAGAACCUGGCCCGGACCAAAGGCAUCCUGGAGCUCAACAAGGUGCAGCUGCUCUACGAGCAGAUGGGCACCCAGGAAGACCCCUCCCUGCUCCCCGCCAGCCCCCACCCGUAUCUGCUGGACCCCCAGCUACAGGGUGACGGCUCCCAGCUGCAAGACAAUGUAGCCGCGUUCUCCAGCGGAGGCCAGCAGCCGCUGCUGUCGAGGAGACAGAGCCUGGAGACGCAAUACCUCACGCACAAGCUGCAGACAGCCGGUCUGAUGGCCGCCGGACCGGGCAGCUGCCACAUGUUCUGCAGCGAGCUGCCUCGGAGUCUGGAGCAGCAGCUGCAAGAGCACAGGCUUCACCAGAAGAGGCUGUACCUGCAGAAGCAGUCCCAGCUGCAGGCCUACUUCAACCAGAUGCAGAUCGCAGAGGGUGCCUACCCACCUCACCCAGCAAUUGGUCACCCAGACUCUGUAGGCCCGCCCCCUGUGCAGGGCAUGGUGCCUCCAGUACAGCAGCAGCCUCCCCCCACCUUCACCCGGGCCCAGACCCUCAGCCCCCUCCUGGAGCCCGGUGCCGAAGCCCUGCCCCUGUCCUACGACCCCUACGUGGGCCUUUACCCCACAGCACUGCCCCCCAGCCCACAUGCCCUGCCCUCCGAGCACCAGUACACCUACCCUGCCUGCGACCUGUCCCCCUCCACGGAGCCCGUCUCCCAGGAUCAAUACCAGUACCCCCUGAACCCAGUCCAGCCACCCACCCAAGGCCAGGCUGAGGUGCCUGGCGCUGGGUAUGUGAGCCUGGCUCUCCCCGAGCUCCACAAUCCCUUCCUGGAGUGUGAGAUGAUGGAUACAGUGGACACACAACACGGCUUUGUGCUGGUCAACUGAGCAGGGAAUUCUGGGAUAUGACCCAAGAUGGACUUGAAAACUUGGAACAGCAGUGGUUGGGUAGAAGAGUGGAGCCAGUGGGGUGGAGGAAAUGAAGAGCAGAGUUUUUGUAUCAUUCACAUUGUGAACCUCAGAAACGUCGUUUUUUUAAAACCAGAUCUUCCCUACCUCCCUCCCUAAACCCCACAGCCCCCUCUGCCCUAAACCAAGGACACCUCCCUCUUCGCUGUAGUGAUGUCAUCGUACGUCUGUCUUCAUGUGUGCAUACGUGUCUGUGUACAUGUGAGAGAGAUGGCAUUCUACACGCCAGAGAAGAGGAGAGUCCGACAGCUCAAAGCCUCGCGGAUCAGAACUGUCUGCUGCCAAAGCAGUGUAAGAGUCGGGUUGGUGAGUGUGCGCAGGCCUGCCUCAACCCAGCUCGUUAGCAAGAGCACAAGUUUUGUAUUUAAUGGAAGAAGGUAAGACUUGGCUCUCAAACUCCUCUAUGGAUGUGACGUUUAUAAUGAUACAAGUAAUAAGCAUGUGAUGCACGCUUGCAGUGCAGUCACAGUGGAUUACUGGAGCAUACUGAAGCAAUAUUAUCUUGUGGACCUGGCAGGAGCCUUAAACAGUUUUUGGUUUCUGAAGAAAUGUCUGCUGCCUUUGAUGUAACCUACAUUGUUCACAAACUGCCGAGUGGAACCUUUUCCAAGCACACUACACUAAGUCACUUAACACUGGAUACGUACGAGUCAGAAAGCUUGCUGUAGCAGAAUAUAAGCUUGUUUCUGGCUUUCUUGCAACAAUUGUAAUUGAAAGUUUGUUUUUUCUUGCAGUGUUAAAUGAACUUACUUUUAAAAAUAAAAAUGAAUGACAGCCGACUGCUGAAAAAGCACAGCUUCUCUGGAAACAAGACCAGAUUAAAACCUAGUAUGUGGCUGGCCUAACACGCGUGAUUCGGCCGACCAAUGGUGUAACUUCAUAACUCGGCCGACCAAUGGUGUAACUUCAUCACUCACUCAGUCAGUCAGUCAGUCACAGACAUUCGCGUUUGUAGGGCUGGCCCCGCUGUUGCGGUCCAGCCAAAAAUAGAGUAACAAAAAAAAAAAAUUGACUUGCAACACUGAGACUGGAGGAAUACCUGGGCUGGACAUUUUUCUGAAGCACUUUUUAAUGUAGACAAAGGAAGAGGAAGGAUGUUUUACAGAGUGAUGAAUGGGAGAUCAAGUCCAGAGCUUGUGUAACCCCAAUUCUGUAGCCUCUAACUGUGAACUUCAUUUCCCAUCAGCUCCUCAGUGAAAUACCUUCCCUACAGCUACCGAUCCCGGUCAUCUGGUUCUCAAGAGGGAACAAUACCGAGGAAUACACACACCUGUAUUCUAUCCUCAGUGUUUUUUAAAAGAAUGAACUAGCAAUCCCUUAAAAGUGUGAGAGACUUACACAUCAGUGGUUGUUCAUUGCGCUGUUGUAUAAAAGUAGGAAUUAGAGAUAUUGUGAAGACACAAACCUUUCACCAGAAACAGCAAACUGAUGUGUUUGGUGUGGUAGUGCUGUGCCUUUUAUUUCAUGAUGUCCUUUUUAAGUUUAAAUGAAAUAGUUUUUUUUGUUUGGUUAUUUUAUUCUUUUUGUUGCCAUUGUUGUUUUUGGUUUCCUUCCCGGAAAAGAGUAGACCCAGUUUUUACCAAGGUACAAAACCAAAGUCUCCCUUCAGAUGAACCCUCGUGGAGCCCACUAUGUGGAGUUUAGAAGGGGUCCUUAGUUAGCUUCUUGACAGUGGCGUGUUGGUCCAUCAGUAUAUUCAGUACAGAAGUAUUAUAGCAAUAUUGAUAAAUUAUUACAAUGAAGUAAGGGUAGUAAAAAUGUGUCCUUUCAUUUGUAUCAUUUCACAGUCUGUUCAGAAAUCCAGACUCUGACAUUUACAUUCAUGGCUGUUGACCACAGAUAAGCUAACUUGCUGUUGAGGAUUUAAAUAAAGUUAAAAAAUAAAAUAAUGUUUACCUAAGUUAA